AUGAAACGACGGAAAACCGGAACGGUGCUAAAGCAACGAAUUUUGUUGCAAACAACAAAAUUAUCCUGCUCAAGCAUCAUUUUUCUGCUAUCCUUUUUUGCCUUCGUCAAGUCUGCUUAUGAUGACAGUGUAAAAUUAAUCAUUCGACCGGAUUCAUCAACCGUGGUAGCAGAUACAAGAGUAAGCUUUUUUUGCCGUGCUGAUGGUAACCCUUUGCCAACAGUAGUUUGGAAAAAAAAUGGCCAAAUGAUUAGUGACCCGAGAUAUUCAACAAAAACUCUUCCAAAUGGACUGAGUACGCUUAGAAUUGAACCGGUUCGGUUAUCUGAUGCAAACACAUCAAUAAGCUGUACAACAGAUAAUGGAGUUGGUAAUCCAGUUGUUGCAGAUGCUAUGUUAACCGUUCUUUCACCCGAUAACUUACCAGCAGGAUUUCCAGCAAUUGAAUUACAUCCAGUAUUGAAAUCAGUAGAACAAGGGCGAACAGCUCAUGUAUCGUGUCGCGUACGUGGUGAUCCACGACCAAAAGUAUUAUGGCUUCGAGAUUUAAUGCCAGUUGAUAUUCGAUCGAACAACCGAUAUUCUGUCUCUACUCUUGGCAAUCCAGGCGCUUUGAUGAUACAACAAGCCAAAGAAGAAGACCAGGGAAAAUAUGAAUGUGUUGCAAGGAAUGCACUUGGCGUUAUGCACUCCAAAGCUGCUCACUUGUAUGUCAAAGUCCGACGAGUGCCACCGUAUUUUUCUUACAAACCGGAUAGGUUGUACAAGACUGCCCCUGGUGGAGCAUUGAAUCUGACAUGCGUAGCUGUAGGAUACCCAAUGCCACGAGUUUUCUGGAAGAAAUCAGAUGACACGUAUCUCAGCGAUCCUCAGACAGCACCUAUUGGGCGAAAUGUAUUAACGCUAACGAAGAUUGACAAAACUGAAAAUUAUACUUGCAUUGCUGUAAGUAAACUCGGCAACAUUGAAGCGAUGACAACUGUUGAAGUGAAAUGUAAGUACACACUACCUCAUGCACCAAAAAAUUUGCAAAUUUCGGAUAUAACAUCGAAUAGUGUUCGAGUAAGUUGGAGUCCCGUACACAUUGAAAGUGAGCCGGUAAAAAAGUAUAUUAUCAAAUAUCGUCAAAAGAGUGUUGUUACUCUUCCAACGUCAGUGUUUUCAUCAAGUGACAUCGAAAAUAUCAUUGGAAAAGUUGUUAGUAUGCAUCGUUUGUUUUCUUCACAGCGUAUAGUUGAUGGAAAAUAUGGUGAAGGACCUUACCAGCAUAAAGAAGUACCUGCAAAUGUCACAUCUAUUACUUUAUCCGAACUAGAACCUUAUCAAUUGUACGAAAUUGCGGUAGCAACAGUGAACACAAUUGGUCGUGGACGGAGUAGCAUGCCAAAAGAGGUACAAACGGAUGAAACCGAACCAGCUACUGCCCCUCAAAAAGUUCAAGCACGAGGGUUAAGCCGGAACUCUAUUUUAGUUCGUUGGGAACCUCCGGAAAAACCAAAUGGACAAAUUACAGUCGAAACAAAAUCAAAUGAAUUGAUGGCGACAAUAUCAGAUUUGGAAAUGGAAUCUACAUAUUAUAUUCAUGUACAAGCAAAAAAUGCCAAAGGAUUAAGUCCGAUGUCACAACUUGCAACAGUUAUUGCAAAACAAGGAAUUCCCGGGCAACCAGUGAGUCUCACUGCAAAAGCUCUCGAUUCUCGUCGGGUACAAUUAAUUUGGGAUAAACCACUUCAUUCAUAUAAUAUAAUCGGUUAUUCAAUCAUUAUCAAUUCUUCUAAUGGAAGUGGUCGAGAAUUAACACUUACAACACCUACUGAAAGGCAUAUCAUCGAUGGCUUACUUCCCAACACUUUUUAUUCUUUUAGAGUGGCUGCUCGUUCCACACGUGGUCUUGGUGCUUAUUGUGAAGAUGUUACCAUCAGAACGCAUCCAAACGCUCUCAUCGGUCCACCGCGGAUAAUUUAUCUCAAACCACUUUCUUCGCGAUCAAUGUUCAUCAGCUGGGAAGCACCUGAGCAGCAGAAUGAACUGAUUCGAGAAUAUGUUAUCCGUUGGCGUCAGGUUUCAGCUAAUUCUAAAAAUGAUCAAGCGAGACUAAGUUUUAGUAAUGAAGAAGACGAGGAAGCAAAUACGCCUGUAAUAGAUGAAGAAUUGGCACAUUACUGGCAAGAAACAGUUCAAGAUGCUACACUGAAUUCCAGUAUAAUCAUUAAUAAUCUGAAACCAAAUACAGUUUAUGAAGUGAAUAUAGCUGCUGCAACUGAUACAGGUUACAAGUCAACAACUCGAAAUGAACAAGUGCAAACUUAUGAAGAUGGUUCGUGA